ACGACGCUGAUGCCCGAGGAUGGCGGCGGCGGCGGUGGCCGUGGCCCCGGCCUGUAGACGGUCGGCAGAGCCGCCGAGACGCCGAAGAGUCCGCCGCCCGCGCGAGGUGUAGACGGGGCACUGCCUGCAGAGCAGGUCCUGCCAGCCUCGCUGGAGAGGAUGCCCUCGUGUCCGUGAUGGGCUGUGGGACAAGCAAGGUCCUUCCCGAGCCACCCAAGGAUGUCCAGCUGGAUCUGGUCAAGAAGGUGGAGCCCUUCAGUGGCACUAAGAGUGAUGUGUAUAAGCACUUCAUCACGGAGGUGGACAGUGUUGGCCCUCUCAAAGCCGGGUUCCCAGCAGCCAGUCAGUAUGCACACCCCUGCCCCAGUGCCCCCACUACUGGCCACACAGAGCCUCCCUCAGAACCACCACGCAGGGCCAGGGUGGCUAAGUACAGGGCCAAGUUCGACCCACGUGUGACAGCUAAGUAUGACAUCAAGGCCCUGAUUGGCCGAGGCAGCUUCAGCAGAGUGGUACGCGUGGAGCACCGGGCUACCCGGCAGCCAUAUGCCAUCAAGAUGAUCGAGACCAAGUACCGGGAGGGGCGGGAGGUGUGUGAGUCUGAGCUGCGCGUGUUGCGCCGGGUGCGUCAUGCCAACAUCAUCCAGCUGGUAGAGGUGUUUGAGACCCAGGAGCGUGUGUACAUGGUGAUGGAGCUGGCCACGGGUGGAGAGCUCUUCGACCGCAUCAUCGCCAAGGGUUCCUUCACCGAGCGUGACGCCACGCGGGUGCUGCAGAUGGUGCUGGACGGUGUCCGGUAUCUGCACGCACUGGGCAUCACACACCGAGACCUCAAGCCUGAGAAUCUGCUCUACUACCACCCGGGCACCGACUCCAAAAUCAUCAUUACUGACUUCGGCCUGGCCAGCGCCCGCAAGAAGGGUGACGACUGCCUGAUGAAGACCACCUGUGGCACGCCCGAGUACAUAGCCCCCGAGGUCCUGGUCCGCAAGCCCUACACCAACUCCGUGGACAUGUGGGCACUGGGUGUCAUCGCCUACAUCCUGCUCAGUGGCACCAUGCCCUUUGAGGACGACAACCGCACCCGGCUGUACCGGCAGAUCCUCAGGGGCAAGUACAGUUACUCGGGGGAGCCCUGGCCUAGUGUGUCCAACCUGGCCAAGGACUUCAUUGACCGCCUGCUGACAGUGGACCCUGGAGCCCGUAUGACUGCACUGCAGGCUCUGAGGCACCCGUGGGUGGUGAGCAUGGCAGCCUCUUCAUCCAUGAAGAAUCUGCACCGUUCCAUCUCCCAGAACCUCCUCAAACGCGCCUCCUCACGCUGCCAGAGCACCAAAUCUGCCCAGUCCACGCGUUCCAGCCGCUCGACACGCUCCAACAAGUCACGCCGUGUGCGGGAGCGGGAGCUGCGGGAGCUCAACCUGCGUUAUCAGCAGCAGUACAACGGCUGAGCCGCCUGGCUGGGGUACAGACACGGCUCGGUCCCAGCCUGGCCACUCGUUGCUGUGCCAUCUGGGCCCAAUGCCCUCUCUAGAGGUAGGCCUGUACGGAUAUGGCUAGCGGUAGCUGAAGAAUGCCCCAGCCCCUCCUCUGUGCCUUCAGCAGCCCCCAUCCUCACCAUGGGCAUGGGCCAGGUGUGACAGAGUGGAGGUGGCCCAGGGGCUGUGACCUCCCUGAACUAGGAGCCUGGCCUGACACUGCUACUCCUGUUGGUGGGCAACUGCUCUGAGUUGGGGGAGGGGACAGGCCCUGGUCUUCACUGUCUCCCUUACCCUGUGGCUCUUCCCCAGACCAAAGGGCCUGCAGUGCUGGGUGGAGGGUGUCCCAUGGCCCCAGGACCCUCUGUGAUGGUUAUUUCUGGAACACCCCUUUCCUCUGCAGAGCCUUCCUCCCUGGCCCCCCACAUUCCAUGGCAUCCUGGUCCUCAAAUCAGGCUCCAGUGGGAGGCCCGGGUAGGCACAAAGCUGUGCCUUGACUGGACCCUCGGCUCCUGGCUAGAUCCAAAUAGGCCCCCACCUCCCAGCCAAGAUCAGUCUUCCUUCAUGGUGCCCCCAGGACCCCUCCUGGCCCCAGGAUUCACUAGGACCUCUGGUGGUAGGACCGUGGCAGGGCGGUGUGGCAGGACUGGUGGCAGCCUUGCCCCAUGCUCCAGCCUCUCUCUGACCAUGAGAGGGUUCCUGCCACCAGCCCGCCACCCUCAGUGCCGCCUUUGCAGAGUCCACCAUUGCCUCCCUCUCCCGUCUCACCCAUUCCAUUCCCCAGGUGCCUCCUUCCCCACUGUGGGGGAGCCCCACUGCUGCUACCUGGGGGAUGGGGCACCUGGGGGCCGAGGCAGAGGACAGGGAGUUCCCCGUUAGGAUUCCAUUGUCAGCCCUGGUACCGCCCAUGGCCCCUUCCCUUCAGGCUCUGCUGUUCCCUCCUCGGCAACUGCACGAAGGCGCCAUCUGGUGUCUGGCGUGGGUAUAGCACCCUGGGAGUGACCACUGCACAUGCGCCGUGCACACCCAUAGUCCUCCGCGAGGAAGUGGGAAGGAGUUGCUGCAUUGGGGGAGGCUCUCGGGCUGCUCAACUCUACCCUUCUGCUGAGCUUCUGCGCACCUCUCCCUGGAACUUAGCCAUACUCUGUGACCUGCCUCUGAACCCUGGGUGCCGGGGCCCUGGCCUUCUCACAGCUGGCCUUGCCCCGUCCGCCCUGCGCCCGCUUCCUUUCACAGCGUUAACCUUCCAGUCAGGGCCCGCCGGGCUCAGGCUGGAGGAGCCCUUGCGGGAGGUGGGUGGGGUUGGGUGGCUGCUUCUCCACCUGAGCCAGAACUGUCUCCAUGUCUCUCAUGGUGUCUCCCCCUACCACAAACCAGGCUGGAACCCAAGCCCCCUCCUUCCACAGCUGCUUUCAGUGGGUAGGAAGGGGCCAGGGCACAGCUUUGGCCUUAGCUAGACUGCAGCGCCCCUGCCAGCAGGGGGGCUUGGGCCCCCACUCAGCUCCUCCCAGUGGGCAGCCUUGGGCCAGGCCCUCUAUCUGCAUGUGCCACGUCCAGUGGGAAACCAAAGAGACCACUGUGCCAAGUCGACUGUGCCUUAUACACCCCCUCCUUCCGUCCCCACUGCCCCCAGGGCAGGAGGCAGUGGAGAUCCGAGCACCGUGGCCUCAGAACUUGCCCCCAAUUCCCCAAGUGUCUCUGGGGCCCUGAAGCCCUGGGGAUUUAUUUCCUCUCUGCCCAGGGUAGUCCUGGUCCUGAGGGUAGGACAGGAGGGGUUUGGAGCCUUGGGCCUUUGAUAGGCCCACCUGGGCCUUCAUGCCAUGGAACAUGGACAGAGAAUGUGCAGUUAUUUAUUUUGUGUACUCAGUUGGUAAAUGUAUCCUCUGUAUUCAAUAAACAGGCUGCCUCCUCGGGGAAGGCUGCCUAUUCGUUC